UUGGUUCAUUCACAACGCCACUCUGGAUUACCAAAGCCUUUGUAGAGAAGCGCCUUCCUCGGGCUCCUCGGACGACACAGCAGGGAAGGAGGGAGCUCACAAACCUGCCCGCCAUAAACAAUGAAAAUGUCAGCGGAGGAGAUCUGCCAGGUCCUCAAGGAGGGAGAGCUGGAGAAGAGGAGCGACAACCUGCUCCAGUUCUGGAAGAGGAAGACGUGCGUCCUGACCACGGACAGCCUCAACAUUUACGCCGACACGCAGAAGCGCUCCAAGGGCAAGGAGCUCAAGCUGCAGUCCAUCAAGAAGGUGGACUGCGUGGAGCGCACCGGCAAGUUCGUGUAUUUCACCAUCGUAACCACAGACAAUAAGGAGAUCGAUUUCCGGUGCUCUGGGGAGGAGAACUGCUGGAACGCAGUGAUCACCAUGGCCCUGAUUGAUUACCAGAACAGAAAGGCCAUCCAGGACUUUAAAACGCGGCAGGACAAUGAGAGCGCGUCGCCCGGACAGCAGGAGAGGCGCAUGGCGAGGGCGCCCUGAACCGCUGUAGGGACUCACAAAGUUAACCACUCCUAAUAUGUGUCAGUGUGGACCAUACAGAAAUAACACGCGGACCAAAAGGAAGACGAGGUCAUCCGGUCUAGAGAUGAAGGAUUGUUCGGGACUGAGCUCUUGUAUAGAGGGGACAUCUGAUCUAAACCGACAGGAGUAGUCAAAACUUUUAAGUUCGCUCUCCUGGGAGGAAUAACUCCUAAAACCAUGAUGUUAAUUUAUUUGUUUCCAGGAUAUGUUGUUACUGGCAAACAGCUUGCGUUGUUUAAAUUAUUUAUCAUUUCAAUGUUGAGUGUGUAUUUAUUUGAAUAAAUCAUGCAUUUUUGACAUAA